AUGCAGUAUGCUAAUACUUGGCCUUUGUCAGAAUCUGGCUAUGAACUAGAAGCUCCUAUUGGAUAUGGAUCUUUUGGGACCGUAACUACUAGGUAGGUGUAUGCUGCUGCAGCAUUGGAAGGUCCAAACGCUGGAGAAAAAGUAGCAAUUAAAGUAAUUGAGCUGGAAAACUAUCCUGAUAGUAAUAUUGAAGAAAUUAGGAAAGAAAUACAAAUCAUGAGGCUAUCAUCUCAUCAAAAUGUUUUAAGUUAUCAUGGGAUUAUUAUAAAUAUUUAAUUUUUAGAAUUAAAUAAAAUAAUUUUUUUUUUAAAAAAAAAAUUAUCAUGUAUGCUUCUUAUCUGGCAGGCAGCUUUGGAUGGUAAUGCCUCUACUUGAAGGUGGAAGUGUCGGAAACCUAUUAAAACACAGAUAUCAAGAAGGCAUCAAAGAUCAAGUCUUAUUAGCUUCUAUUCUCCGAGAAGUCCUUGAAGGCAUCUAUUACUUCCACCAAAACAACCAAAUUCACCGUGAUAUCAAAGCUGGGAACAUCCUGGUAAGUCGAAGUGGGCAAAUUUUAUUAGGCGAUUUUGGGGUCGCUGCCAAACUUAGACAGGGUAUGAGUGCAAGGACUUUUGCAGGCAGCCCAUGCUGAAUGGCUCCAGAAGUGGUAGAAUCAGGAGGGAAUGUGGCAUAUACAAAUAAAGUCGACAUAUGAAGCUUCGGAAUAACCGCUAUUGAACUAGCUAAAGGAAGACCACCAUAUGCUGGGCAUCCAGCUAUGAAAGUUAUGCUUAUGAUUAUUAGCAAUGAUCCACCUUCACUCGAUGAAGAUGAAGAGUUUGACGCUUCUUUUAAAGAAAUGAUAAAUUUAUGUCUGCAGAAAGAGCCAGAAUUAAGGCCAACUGCUGAAAGUUUGUUAAGAAAAAAGUUUUUUAAUAAAGCGAAAGGGGUGGAAUAUAUAAGGACGCAUAUGUGUGCUGAUCUGCCGAGGCUUGAAACACUUGUAAAGUUGCCGAAAGAUAGAAAGGUUGAUAGAGACCAAAGUCUUGGGAAUAUGAGUUCUGGCUCGGGAGGAUGGGAUUUCAGUCUUUCGACAGGCGAAAAUCCUCUUACACUAUUUAAAUGGAUUUGUUUUUAAAAUAAAAUAAAAAAAUAGCAAAUUAUUAAAAUUUAUUUUUUUUUAAAAGGAAAAUUUAGUGGGAAAAAGCAAAAUGACGACCCAUUAGAGCAAAUCGGUUCAGAUGAAGAAGAUCCUUUAGACUCUUUGUUAGAGGAAGAAAAUUAA